UAUGCUCUUAAUGAUGUUUUAAUUGCACACCCAUGUCCCGCAACAGUUUCUCGGUUCUCAUUCAGAAUUACAAAGGAUGGCCAGCCAUGUUCCCCUUUAGUGAACUGUCGAUCGAGUGGUCUCAGAGUCUCAACAGCUGCUGGAUCAACAGCUGCGAUGCUAUCAGCCGGUGGAUUUGCAAUGCCAAUUUUGUCUAAGGAUCUCCAAUACAUGGUAAGGGAGCCCAUUUCACCUGGAGCAACCAAUGCUGCACUGAUGCAUGGAGUUGUAAAAUCAGACAAAUCCAUGGACAAUGUAUGGUUUUGUAAAAAGGGGCUGGUAUACAUUGAUGGUUGUCAUAUUGUGUAUUCUAUCAAACAUGGGGAUACCAUUGAACUAUCUUCUGGUGCCCCAGUUUUGAAAGUUUUCUUGCCUAACCACUUGUCAUCGUAGAUACACAUGUGAAAUAGUCGCCACAUAGAUCCAGCCAAAAUAAAUGGAAUUGAUGUAAAUUUGAGAGAUUGGUAAAUUGUGAAUGUGAA